AUGGCGUAUUCCACCAACACUCUUGCUGCUGGCAGCUUUGGGAAGGUAUACAGGGAGAAGUACAAUGACACCUGGGCUGCAAUCAAGAAGGUGCCACAACACUUAAUCAAUAGGAGAGACCUGGAGAGAGAGUGUCAAGUAUACAAUAAAGCGAUUCAUCCUAACAUAGUGAAGCUUCUGGGUAAUCCAACACUCAAGGACUCUAAGUGGAUCAUCCCCAUGGAGUUCAUCUUUGGAGAGGAACUGGAGACAACCAUCUUCAAAUCACAAAAAUCUAAAAUACAGUUGACUCCAUCGAUAAAGGCCACCAUCAUCACAGGCAUGUGUGAAGGACUGCUUCACCUACACAGCAAAGAUAUCGUCCAUCAGGACCUCAAGCCCGAGAACAUCAUGAGCAUGACACUCACAGAGCUGUGA